AUGUCAAAUUCAGGUUCUAAUUUAUUAUCAUCAACUAAUAAAUGGCAUUCAACAGCAACACAUACUUCAUCUUCAAUUACAACUGCACAUGGUUAUCGUCAUCGUCCAUCGAUUCCUUUAUCAGAUAUUUCAGCAAAUAUGAAUACAGCAGCGAUGACAACUUUUUCAAGAAAAUGUGUUUAUGUUAAAGAAGUUAUUAGUGUUAAUAAUAGUGCAGCACAUUUACCAUUAGUAUCAUCAGAUAAUAGUAGUGCAAGUGAAUGUGAAAGUGGAGAAUUAAGUUCAGAUGAAUAUCCAUCACAAAUUAAACUUAAACCUAAAUCAAUUAUUUAUUAUCAAGAAAAUCUUUCAGAUCCAACAUAUGAAAUGGGAACAUUAGCACAAUUACUUAAUCAUUCAUUUUCUGGUCAUAAAGAUAUAUCAAUGGCAUCUCAAAAGUUUGUAUAUAUAUAUUUUUUUUUUUUCGAUUUGAUGAAAUCAGGAUAAAAAUUUAGACACACUUCCGCAUAGUUCGUGAUAGAAGUAAUCAUGAGAAUAUCAGAGGUCGUACAUCAAUAACAUCUCGUUAUAAUUAAUGAACUACUUCCUUACUGCAUCUCUGGAGGAUAUGUGUGCGAAAAUAGAUAGAAUAUAACAAUCUUUCGGUGAUUAGCAAUAGCAGUUGCAUGGUGUUUCACAUUUUAAUCCCACAAGGAUUGUGUUAAUAGUUUUUUUUUUUGAGAACCGAAAGGAUUUUAAGAGUUUUAAAAGCCAGAAAAUAAUAUUGACUUCAUUGUUAAGAUUUUUAGCUCAAAUUCCUAAAAUCUAAGCAUAUUUUGACGAAAAUAUAUCAAUUGAAGUUCUAAUGGUUUGAGAAAUUAAUCGACAUUCUGUUUGAUUGAUCAAAUAUAAUUAAGGUUAUGCCCUUCCCUUUCAUGUGGUAAUUGUAUAGUCUGAAGUAGUAUCGAAAAGAUUGUCUUUAAACAUUAAAAAAUUAAAUUUAUGUGGCAAAAAUAACGAAUCAUGUUUUUGUCAAACCAAAUUUUUCAUGAAAAAAAAAAGUAGAAAUGCCUCCGUAUCUCCGACCUGCUACGUCCGAUUGAAUUGAAACUUUUUUCAUCUAUACUAUACACUCUUUAAGAUCGGUAUUGGUUCUUUUUUUUUUUUAUUUCAAAAAAUAUUGUUCUACUGAUUUUUAGUAGAAGGAACAAUAAUUU